AUGGUCGACGGGGCGAGUGCGACACGCCACGACAGCUCUAUUGGUACGUGUUUGGGACGGUGGAUGCGGUCUGCGGUGGGUGCGUGUCCGCACAGUCGGCACCGUGUGCGGCACAGGGCCAUUGCGGCUGUGCGUGUGGCGCUGCUUGUUGUGUUGGCGCUGGUUGCGGCGGCGGCGUGGAUGCCCGCGGUGCAUGCGGUGGUGUUGCGACUGCGGGGCGGCACGGUGGACAGAGCCAUCACGGUUGGCCGCGCCGUGGACACGGUGCUGAUGGACGGCGUGUCCAUCACGAACGGCGUGGCUGUGGUGUUCGACGUGGCGGCGAUGCUUCCCGGCGCGCUGCGCAUCGAAUUGAGGAACUGCGUGUGCGACGGCGGUGCGCAGAUCUACGUGCGAGGCUACAGCGGUGAGCCGGCGAGUGACCGGAGCCUGGAGGUGAGCGUGAGCGGGUUGUCCGGCGGCUACUGCUCGCUUGUGUUUGUGCACAACCUGCCGGCACACACGAACGUGACGGUCCGUGACUCGACGAUUGUGACGGCGGGGCCGAUGCGCUACUCCCAGCUGAGCGGGCUGACGGACGCGGUGGCGUCGCCGCUUGUGCUGCAGGCGACUUCGCUGUUGCAGACGCAGCUGCGUGUGAGCAACACUGUGCUGAGGUCGUUGCAGGCGGGCGGGUCGGCGGUGCACGUUGGCGGCGGCGUGGACCUGCUGUCGAGCGCGGUGGUGUUUGACGGCGUGUCGCUGGAGGCGUCGGGCGGUCCGACCGCGUCCGCGAUGCAUGUGGCGUCCUCGUGUCUCAGCCUGCGGGGCCACUCGGUGUUCUCUGUGACGAACGUGUCGGUUGUGAGCAGCGGCGGCGGUUUUGUGCUUGGCGAGCGCCUCGCGGUGUUUGAUUCGGUGCUGCGCUUCGUGGGCGUCGAGGGGUCUGCUGCGUCGUCGCUGGUACGUUGCGACGGUGGGACGGUCGGUGGCGGCGGGUGGCUGGACCUGCACGACGUGUGGGCGGUGGGCGAGGCGUCGUCUUUGGCGUCGCUGUCGGGUGUGACGCUGAGCGGCGGCAUCGUGUCGAUUGCGCGCUGCGCUGCCACCGGCGCGACGCUUGUCUCCGGGCUGACGAUCACGAGCGGCGCUGUGUCGGUGCAGUGCAACCGUGCCGGCGGCCGGGUGCUGCAGAGCAGCGGCGACUACCGCAUGGCCGGCCUGCCCUCCGUGAGCGUGGUGCCGUGCGACGGCUGCGCGGCCGCGCUGGCGUGCUUUGAUGCGCUGACGGCGUCGUUCUCCGACUGCGUGUGCGGCUGCCGUGCCGGCGGCGUGGGCGACGCGUGCCUGCCGUUCGACGUGCCGGUUGCGAGGGCCGGUGAUGGUGGUGGCGAUGGCGCGGAGGGCUGCGUGAGUGGCGUGACGCUGACGGAGUCGGUGACGGUUGGUGGCGUGCGUGCGACGGCGUGCUUCGACUCGGUGGUGUUCAGCGGGCCGAUCACUGUGGCGGUGGACCUGCGCUCGAUGGACACGUUCGCUAACGCGCUGAACGUGACGCUGCGCCACUGCGUGCUUGCGGGCGGGUCACAGCUGCGGAUUGGCGGCCUCAGCGAGAGCACGGCGCGCCUGAUGCCCCACGCCCUCGUCAACAUGACGAAUGUGACUUCGCUGGAGGGCACGAUUGUGCUGCAUGGCGCGAUGCCGCCGAACUCGAGUGUGCUGCUGGCGAACUCAACGCUGCGUGCGACGGUUGGCGGGUCGCAGUACGUGCCGACGACCCGUGGCCACGAGAAAUUUCGGUACGGCCCCGCGCUUGUCCUGGAUGGCGUUCGGCUCCUGUCGACACGGCUUGUCAUGACGCGGUCGUUGCUGGUGUGUGGCGGGGAAUCGUGCGCUGCGAUCCUCGUGGAGCGCGGCCUCGGCGUGCACCUGUCCAGCGUCUUCUACAUGGUCAACUGCGCUGUCAGGUCGCGGACGCACGUGAUGUACGCUCUUGCGUCGGACCUGCGUGUUGGCGGCGGCUCCGUGUUCUCCAUACAGAACAGCUCGUGGAGUGUGCCGAGCAUCGAAUACUACAAGGGCGCGUGUGUGUUUGAGGAUGUUGCGGUGGAUGGCGGUAGCGUGCUGCAGAUUAUGUCCAGCACUUUCCGUCUUGGCUUCGCCAUGCUCAUAGCAAACACGCUGACUGUGACUGGCGGCAGCUGGCUGGUGCACCGCGACAACGAGUUCCGCACGGCCUACGUUGUGUACGUGGCCAACGAGAACGGCGUGGCGUUCCGCGAUCGGAGUGUGUGGUCGAUAAUUCACAACAACUUCACUUACGGCUCGUACUCGUCGACCAUUGCGCAUAUGACAAGCAACUGGUCACCACCGUCCGACUUGCGCCCGACCAUCUACGGCAUGUGCAACGAGGCAAGGGGCUCUCCUGUGACGGAUUACGGAGAAGAGCUCAAUAUUGGGGCGCCCGUGACGGCACUGGACUGUGGUGCGUGCACCGUGGAGGCCGUGUGCUUCGCUGCGAGGACGAGCAGCAUCAGCGGCUGUGAGUGUGUGUGCGCUGCUGGCGGCUACGGUGACACGUGUUUGCCAGCUGCGGUUCCGGACGACCUUGGACCGCUCCCGCUCCCCGAUGCGGACGACACGGAGGUCCGCUGCGUGCACGGUGGCAGCAUCAGCUCCGUGGACUAUCCUGAUCCCGGUGUGCGUGGUCUGUGCUUUGUCAGCGUGACCUUCACCGCCGCGAUUGUGCUGGAUCUGUCGUAUUUUGACGCGCCACAACAGGCACUCAACAUCACGCUGCUGCAGUGCGUCCUCGUGGGACUGUCGAUCAAGGGGAGUGGUGUGCGUGUGCACGUGAACGUGACAUCUUCGAUGCUAGAUUUUGGUGAGCUGGAGUUUGGGGGUGAUUUUGGCGCGAGCUCCCAGAUACUGGUGGCUGGCAGUACGCUUGUGACGACGUCGAGCCAUGUCAUUGCCUUUGUGAAGUUUACUCUUGGUGCGAACUCGACGCUGCUGCUACUCGACAACUACAUCGAGGGGAAUAGGUACGCAGUUUAUUUCAUCAAUGCUGUUGUUGUUGAUGGUGGCGGUAUCAUUGCGAAGGGGAAUACGCUGAGCGCAAAGGAGGAGGAUGACGGUGCGGAGUCAGCCGUUUGCGUUCAUGCUGUUGAUGUGAAGAAUGGCGGCUACUUUGACGUGGAGAACAACACGAUGAGGUCAGUCAAUGGCGUUAUUCUUUUUGGGAAUACCAUCGUGAGGUCCACGGGGCUGCUGCGGGUGGCGGACUGCACUUUCAUUGGCAGGACGGAAGUUUUUUAUCCCGCGCUGGUGAGUGUGCCUGACUCUGUGACACUCGAGGGCGGUGCGCAGUGGCGUGUGGAGGGCAACAGCGUGGGUGCAGCCUCAGUAUUGAGUUUUCCGGAUUCCUGGGAAAAGGUUCAGCUGUCAGGCAGCGGCACCACCGUGGUGCUUGCACACAACCGUCAGGUGGACGAUAGUUAUUCUUUUGCUGAUGUGGCCUCGUCAGACACUAUUGUGGCUUCCCCCGCGAGGAUUGUGUUUGGGUGCAACCUGCAGGGCGAUGAGGAGGUGUCGUACGACAGUGUGUUUCCGGAGGGCGUGGUGGUGUUUAGUUGUGGCACGUGCAACGACGACGCGGCGUGCUACAUGCCCGGGACGGAGUCGGUGGACCGCAGCUCGUGCUCGUGCAGCUGCAAGGACGGAUGGCAUGGCGCGUCGUGUCUUCCCUUCGAGGUGCCCGACACGGUUGUGCCGCCUUUGCCGGAGAGAGCCGUUGACGGCGACACGAGCUGCGUGGUGAACCAGACGCUGACGAGCCUCGCGCUGAACAUGUGGAAGACACACCACUGCUACGCGGGCGUGACAUUCAGCGGCGUGGGUGUCAUGCUGACGUUUUCCUUCGACAGUAUGCCGCUGCAUCUCCCCAUCAACAUCACGUUCACUGGGUGCACAUUCCGUGAGGGUGCUUUGCUGCGGUUUGUUGGGGGUGCUGAGGCGGCGGAGUCAGCCGGCGUCCUGAUCCGCGUGAGCCAGACGGUGAUGCGUUCCUCUGUUGUUGCUUUUAUGCAUGUCCUUCCGCAGCACUGCGACAUCGCCGUCACGGAGGUUGACGCGGAGCAGUCCUCCGAGGUCCAUCUGCCGGACACCAGGAGGAACAUGCUUAGCGUAUUGUUCUUGAAGAAUGUUGUGCUGAGUGCUUCUUCGCUGUUGGUCAGCAACGUCAGGGCGCAUGCCUUGAGUUACGGUGGUUUUUGUUUGUACUCGUUCGGGACGCUGGCGCUGGUGGGUGGCAGCUCGCUUUACACGCGGUACUGCAGCCUCGAUGGGUACAUGCAUCUGUUCUACGUGUGCAGUCUCAGUGUGAGUGAUCACUCCGUUUUUGCGCUGCUCAACAAUACGAUGUUCUCCGGGGUAAGCCUGCUUUAUCAGCAACAAGUAUUCAGCGUGUCGGAUCACAGCGUGUUGCGCAUGGUGGGGAACAGCGGUUCUGUGUCAUACGCCAUUUGUAACGAUGACUUGUGGACCGUUGAGCAGUCAAGCUGGCUGGACUGGCGCGACAACGACGUGGGAGUGGGUGCGAUGUUCUACGACGCUGAGUCCGCUUUUGUGAGCAUUGACGGCAGCAGUGUUGUGACGCUGACGGGCUGCAAGAUGGGCUCGACGGGGUCGUUGGUGUCCUUUUUUUUUCAGGCUGACGCCGGCUAUCGGUUCGUUGCUGGGUGUCUGACGGUCGCGGGACGUGUGGUGACGACGGCGGCCGAACUGGAGCUCCACGGCAUCACCAACGUGACGACGGUUGCUGCGUGCGGGGAGUGCACGAAGGACGGCGACUGCUUUGCUCCGCUGACGACGGCGGUCAGCGACUGCGAGUGCCAUUGCGCUGCUGGAGGGCACGGCGAUGUGUGCGUCCCGGCGCCUGUGCCUGCUGGCCCGCCGCCACCGCCGCCGCCGCCUGUGUCGUCCACACCGCCACCACCGCCGGUUGGUGAGUGCAUCAGCGACAUGGUGUACCCCGAGGUUGCGCAGGCAGUGGGCGGUGGGCUGUCGUGGCUGUGCUACCGCAACGUGACGUUCAGUGGGGGCGGGAUGAGCCUGACGGUGCUGGUUGGGGCGAUGACGGGCGACGUGGCGAAUGUCACGUUCGAUGGCUGCACGUGGAGGGACGGCGCCGUGCUGUUGCUGUUGGGCAACGCGCACGCCGCUGUGGGGUCGCUGAGCAUCAUCGUCACCGGCAACAAUUUUAUUGACGCGCUGCUUAGCCCGGAGGGUGUGUUUUCACCGCGCACGAACAUCACGAUCAGCGGGAACCGCUUCACGGUCACGAGGCUGAUCCCUCGGCAGGGUUUGGACCUUGACAGCCCGUCGUGUGUUGCGAUGAAUGGACUGGUGAUCACCAACGACUCUGCGGUGGUGCUCAGCGGCAAUGUGUUUCAGAUCGUGACGGCAUCGUCAAGCGCCAUCUACGUUGUCAGAUCUUCGCUGAGGGUGUUGUGGCGCUCCGUGUUUGCGGUGGUGGGCAACACGUUUCAUAUGGAUGGCGGUGACGGCACGCUGAUAUAUCUUGAGGGUUCUGCCCAAUCCUCAUCGCUGGAGGUACUGAACAACUCUGCCGUGGUGAUCCGAGGCAACGUUGUGUCGAGGCCGGUGAAGUACUUUUUAUUACUAAUUUUGGCAUUGCGUGUGGAGUCCCGGUCAGCGGUUGUGUUUGAGGGCAACGAAAUGCAGAGAAGCUCGGUCGCGUUCUUCCCGAGCUACCCUUCCUACAUUUACUACAACUCCUGGCUGCAGCUGAGCGGCAACCUCUGCCGUGAAUCCCCAUCGGAUGCGUUUGCAGUCAUGAACCCCACGGUGAAUCUCCGCGACUCCACGGUGUCUGUGUCCGGCAACCGAUUCAUGUCCAGCACGGUCACGCCGACAUUGCUGCAGAUACCCAAAAGGUCCCGCGAUCUCACAAACGGAGCGAUUGUGGCCGCGUGCAACACUGUGAACGGUGAGGAGGGAGUGAAGUACGGCAUUCCGUCCGUGUACAAUACCGCCUUUUUGACCUGCAGCGACCCAUGCACCCUCGCGGCUUCGUGCUUCCUCGCAUACACGACGACAGCCUCGAGUGAUGGCUGCGCCUGCGCGUGUGCUGAGGGCGGCUACGGCGAUGCGUGCCUGCCCGUUGCUGUCUCCGAGCCACCGAGCACCGACGGCGCCGACUUGUGCGUGCGGGACCUGAGUGUAGACGUGGAGGUGAACGUCAGUUUCGGGACUUCGGUGGCGUGCUACGUUGGCGUGACCUUUGCGGCGGACGUCGUGGUGGACGUGGCGUCGAUGUCGGGGAGCAUGCGCAACGUGACGCUGGCGAACUGCACUUUUUUGGACGGAGCGAGUCUGUACGUUGUCGGGUGGCGGUCCGACCCGCCUGCUGGCCUGCGUGCCGAUGUGUUGAUCAGCGGGCUUGAGUCGCGCUCCGGCGGCGGCGUGGUGGUGGCGAACCGAUUUCCGCCGGGCUCGCGCGUCACUGUGGUGGACUCGGUGCUGAUUGCAGAGAAGCGCGUUGCGUACUGCGGCGCCUACGACCUUGGCGAUGCGUCCGCGUGCCUCGUGCUGCACAGCGUGAAUCUGACGGGGAGCGUGCUGACCAUCGCGCGCACGCAUGUGGCGGCGGUGUUCGGCGGCGCUGUUGGCGUGUUGUUUGUUGGCGGCGUGGCGCUGUCGUCGCGUGGUGCGCUGUACGUGGACGGGCUGUUGGUGCAGACGGCGCUGGGGCUGUGCGUGUCUGUGGAGGGCGGUGUUGCUGCCAGCGGCGGCUCCGUGGUGGCGUUUGUUGACAGCGACUUUCUGCUGUGCAAGCACGCGGUGUCCGUGCGUGGGGCUGUGAGUGUGUCGGGCUCCGCUGUGGCGCUUGUGCGGAGCGGCUUUUUGUCGACGGCGGACUACGCGGUGGCGUUUUAUUCGACGAUGAGCCUGGCCGACGGGUCGAUGCUGCUGGCGAAGAGCAACGUGCACGACGGUGUCUCGAGGGAGAUGCUCUACGCCGCUGGCGCCGUGACUGCUGUUGGGAGCACGCUGAGCUUUGUGCGCAACCGAGCGCUGCUGCCGCGGAUGCUGUCGCUGAGCCUGUCGCUUGCGUCUGGGGCGCAUGUGAGGGUGGCGUGCAACGACGCUGGUGGACGUGUCCUGUUGACGGCGGAGGAGUACGCAGCGGCUGGUUUUGGCGACGCUGGGAGCAUCGACGUUGUUGGGUGCGACGUCUGCGACAGGGACACGCACUGCUACGCGCCCGGGACGGCGUCGGCGAGCAUGAGGAACGGUGUGUGCGUGUGCGCGUGCGGCAGCGGCGGGCACGGCGAGGCGUGCGUGCCUG